AUGUGUGUACAGCAAAGGCAUCAUCGGUGUGUGGUUGGAGUGUUGAUGGCUGUAACUAUAAUGGUGUGUGGGUUGUACCAGGUUGGCAUUUCAAGGUAUACGUCGGCGACUGGUGUUAACACCGUUAGUCAAAACAGAAUUCUUCCGUCAGGGAAUUUAGUCAUAGCUGUUCAAAAAUAUCUGAAUGUGUCGUCUGCUAUAAAAAUCACUAACAUUCAACGACGAAACAACAUUAGUAAUGAUAUGAUAUUAAAAGCGUUGACACGUGUGACCUCACUGACGAAACUGAGACAAUCACUGGAAGAUGUUAUAGUAAAAAGAAGAAACCUAACUAUUGGUGUCACCGGUGGGUCAAUUUCAACAGCCACUGGCGUGGAAUCUGAAAACCUUUAUGCAAAUUUACUAAGUGAUCUCCUAUCUGGUAUUGGGAUAGGCAGCUCUGUGCAAAAUGGCGCGGUCGGAGCCACGGGCAGUCUGUAUCACUUCUACUGCAUGGAAUCACAUUUGAACUUGCAACAACUGGAUAUUCUACUCUGGGAAUGCGCGGAAAAUGACCUUGUCGACGACAAUGGAUGUGUUCACCAGGAAGAAUUGACAAGGAGGAUUUUGAGCUUGCCUUCAGGACCGCAGCUCAUAUAUGUGAAUUUUAUAAUGAGUCAAACGGCAGAGUCGCCAGUAGGGACUUCAGCUAGCGGCAAUUGCAGCAAAAUGCUAAGCAAAUACUACGAUGUACCAUCUAUUAGUUUGCUCGACUCAGUAGAUGAUAUGAUCAGCGCUCGCAAUACAAAGAGUCUUUUCAGUCCUCGUGAUCACAACCAUCCAAGCACAAAAUCUCACAAUAUGAUUGCGAUAUAUCUGUUUUAUAUGAUUAAGAAUGCCUUUGUAUACACUCUCAAAGAAUUCAACGGUAAGCGAGAUACGAUGGUGAAAACGUCUUAUCCGCUCGCGAAUGAACUCCCCGAGUCACUAUACAACUCUACUGUUCACAUCAAUCAACCACAGUGUUGGACAACUAUGUUAUCUGGCUCUGGGACCAAAACGCCACUUGAAGCAAUGGAACGCGAUAUUGGAUGGAGACUGUUUACGUGUCCAGACAGGAUGGCCCACCAGGGAAGGGUUGAUAAAAAACGUUAUUGGGUGUCGAGAAAACCUAACCAAACAAUAGUCUUUAGUGUCAGCAUCGAACCUUACAAGAACCUGAAAAGUAAACUGUUAAUUGGUAAAAUCAACGAAAAUUCUCGUGGACCGGCUUUAGUUUGGCUUGAUGGUGAAUUCAGUCAUCGACGACACAUUAACGUUGGGUAUAACACUGAUAAUUACUCUGUUUACAGUGCGUUCACAAACAUAGCCCCGGGUAACCAUGCAAUCGCUAUACGAUCAGGAGAGAGGCCUUUAAAGAUUUCAACAAUUAUUAGUGUAUAUGACAAAGACUAA